CAGGGCCACACUUGUGAUGAUAGUAAUUUAACGUUGUGUUUCAAAUAACCUUUUUCUUUUCUUGCACUUUUCCACUCUUCUUUUUUUUUUUGUUUCUUUACUUUUUGUUGCUUCAUUGCAAUCAUGUAUUCAACUUACCAACCUGGUCUAUCACGACUACUACCACCACCACCACUACCACCAGCACCAGCACCGACAAACUAUCAGUCAGCGCCUUCACACAAGACAACAUUAUGGAUGGGAGAACUCGAACCAUGGAUGGAUGAAGGGUACAUUCAAAGACUUUGGUUAAACCUGAAUGCACAAGUGGCUGUGAAAGUGAUUCGAGAUAAAACCACCUUUACAAGCUCCGGGUAUGCUUUUGUCGAUUUUGGAUCCAUAUCAGCUGCUCAAUGUGCACUUGAUAUGUUCAACGGAGAAAUGAUUCCUAAUACAUCAUGUAUAAUCAAAUUGAAUUGGGCUUCAGGAGGUGGUCUUGUUGAUCGAAAGGAGGAUAGACAACCUGAGUAUUCAGUGUUUCUUGGUGAUUUGAGCUCUGAAUGCUCUGAACAAAUAUUACUAAGCAUAUUUCAGAAUCGUUAUCGAUCAUGUAAAUCAGCUAAAAUAAUGACAGAUCCACGCACGGGUCUGACUCGAGGUUAUGGUUUUGUUCGAUUUAGUUCACAGUUGGAUCAGCAUCAAGCCAUGAACGAAAUGCAGGGAUUUGUCAUUGGCAACAGACCUAUUCGUGUCUCCUUGGCAACACCAAAGACAAACAGUACACAUCAGCAUGAAUGUCUUUCUCCUACCACCACUUCCUCUCUAUUAAUAUCACAGCCGUUGGCACCGCCACAACCACCAUUAAUACCAUCACACCAAAACACCACUGUAUUUGUGGGUGGUUUAUCAUGUCCGCUACAAGAAGACGAAUUGAAAUCAUAUUUUAGUAUCUUUGGAGAAAUCGUGUAUGUCAAGAUCCCACCUGGGAAAGGGUGUGGAUUUGUUCAAUUUGUUUCGAGACAGUCAGCAGAAAUGGCCAUUGAUCAAAUGAAUGGCUACCAAAUUGGCUCUUCUCGAAUUCGACUUUCAUGGGGUAGAUCACAAAACCAACCUGCUGCUGUUGCUGCUGCUGCUGCUACUUUACCCGAAGAGAUAACAAUGCAUGGUGGUAAAAUGCAUCCAUUUGACGAGGAUCGAGGAUUUAUGACUGUAUUUGAUCAAUCUCAUUACCCAAGCUAUAUAACCAAUAUGAGUUCUUCAUCCAUUAUGCCUGACUCCACGACUGCUCCUUUAUGGUCAUCCGAUUAUCAUACCUUUGCUCAAUAUAUUUGAUUGUUUCACUUAUACCCCAACCCCCCUUAUUAUAAUUAUUAUCAUCAUCAUAUGUAACUUGCUGCACAAUGUGCCCUUUUAUU